CAGGUCAGUAUGUGUACAUUGUCCAAUAAACAAAACCUUUCUGCAGCUAGCUAUGGUCUCUCGUUCUAAGCUUUCUCUCACUCUCUUUUUCAUUCUCUCUUCCGCAUUACUGACCUCUGGUGCUUCAGAUGCCGGAAGUCCGUCGGAAUGUGGGCCGGGAUCCAUGGGUAUUUGCUACAACAAGUCCGAGGCUCUAAGGCUGAAGAUCAUAGCCAUUGCUGCUAUACUGAUCACUAGCAUGAUAGGUGUGUGUUUUCCUCUCUUCUCACGCUCCGUACCUCUUCUUCAACCCAACAGAGAUCUAUUUGUAUUGGUUAAAGCAUUUGCAUCGGGAGUGAUUCUCGCAACUGGGUACAUGCACGUAAUGCCCGACUCAUUCGAUUGUUUGAGAUCGUUGUGUUUGCCUGAGAAUCCCUGGAGGAAAUUCCCGUUCACUACUUUUGUGGCUAUGUUAUCUGCUACAAUAACUCUAAUGGUAGAUUCAUUUGCAUCGAGCUAUUACAAGAAAUGUUGUUUGGACGAGAACGUUGCAGGAAUUGUUGAACCCGUGAAUGGUGCUGUUGAUUCAGAGAAUGCUUUGCAUUGCCAUGUGAGAAAUAACAAGAGAGAUGAAGAAGCCACCAUGCAAUUAUUAAGAAAUCGCAUAAUUGCUGAGGUUCUGGAAAUGGGCAUUAUAGUCCACUCAAUAGUGAUUGGGCUCUCGUUGGGCGCCUCUCAAAAUCCAUGCACAAUCAAACCACUCGUGGCAGCUCUUUGCUUCCAUCAAAUGUUUGAAGGAAUGGGGCUUGGUGGAUGUAUAUUGCAGGCUGAAUACGGGAACAAGAUUAAAGCAAUCAUGGUGUUCUUCUUCUCAGCUACAACUCCAUUUGGAAUUGCACUUGGGAUUGCUUUAUCACAUGUCUACAGUGACACCAGCCCAACGGCUCUCAUCGUGGUGGGACUAUUGAACGCAUCAUCGGCUGGCCUAUUGAAUUACAUGGCAUUGGUGGAUCUCUUAGCCCAUGAUUUUAUGGGGCCCAAGCUGCAAAGUAGCGUCAAGCUUCAAUUAUGGGCUUACUUGGCUGUUUUGUUAGGUGCUGGUGGAAUGUCACUAAUGGCAAAAUGGGCCUGAUAAAGAUAGUUCCACGUCAAGGAGAAGAUUUUAGACAGUGUUAAUUUUUUUGUUUUAGUAAAACCCCAAAUGUGCUAUAUAAGCUGGGGAGUAUCAUUUCUUCAAGAAUUAAAAAAAGGGAAAUUCCAGAUUA